UCAAGGCAAGUUUGUCACUGUCAGUCAAGCAAUUGCAAAGCAACUCAAUUUUUUGUUAAGUUUCGUUCAUCCAUACGUAUAAAUGGUAUUUUUGAAUUACAGUGAUAAAUAUUUAUUUUAAAUAUGUUGCUCAUUUACGGCUAUUAUUAAUAAGUAUACAAAAAGUAUCAUUUCAUUCACGAAUUAUCCAUUGAUACUAAAUUCCGAUAGGUUAUAAACCGCUUGGAAAGUACACGUAUGCAUGUUUCUUCGUUGGAGUUUUUGUAAUUAACUUGUAAUUAGUGCUGAAAUGACGUGAAAAGAUCCUGGAAAUUAAUUUGAGACACAAUGCUGCCCUUGACACAGAAGGAUACUCGCGUAUCCCGCGGGCCGUUGGGCGGGAUAAAAGAAAAGUUCCAAAAUUGGCUGAGACUCAUUUAUUCUGAUAAGAAUUCCAGGAAUUUGUUCCUUUUCCUCAUACUUAAUUUGUCGUUCGCUUUUGUAGAACUUUUCUAUGGCGUUUGGACUAACAGUUUAGGUCUUAUAUCUGAUGCAUUCCACAUGUUCUUCGACUGCACUGGCCUAGUGGCUGGUCUCGCUGCAUCUUUGGUGUCGAGGUGGAGGGCCAAUGAACGCUUCUCCUAUGGGUAUGCCAGGGCGGAAGUGCUGGCCGGGUUUGUCAAUGGACUGUUCCUGUUGUUCAUUGCAUUUUUCAUUAUGAGCGAAGCUGUGGAAAGAGCUAUAGAACCGCCUGAGGUUAAACACGAGCGCCUCCUCCUAGUAUCAAUUUUGGGCUUCCUCGUGAACCUUGUGGGGAUAUACGCCUUCCACCACGGCCAUGGUCACGGUCACGGUGGUCACGGCCAUAGUCACAACCAUGGUCACUCCCACAACAACGUCCACGGCCACACCCACGACGAAAUCGAAGCUCCCACCGGUGCUGGGUCAGCCAUCAUGCGAGGAGUCUUCCUACACGUCCUCGCAGAUACCCUCGGCUCUGUCGGUGUCAUUAUAUCAGCAAUCCUCAUGAGAAUGUUCGGCUGGAUGAGAGCAGAUCCUAUAUGCUCCAUGGCUAUAGCAUUACUCAUCGCCGCGAGUGUUAUACCAUUAGUAAAAGAUUCAGCUGGUGUGCUCAUGCAACGGACUCCAAGUAGUAUAGAGAGGUUGUUGCCGAAUUUAUACACGCGAGUGGUUGGUCUGGCGGGGGUGCACGCGGUACAAGAACCACACUUUUGGACUCUCUGCAGUGACGUCCACGUGGGCGCUAUAAAGUUAGAGGUAGCUAGGGAAGUCGACCCUAGAUACGUCACGGAACAAACAGCUAGGAUCUUCAGGGAAGCGGGCGUUAAACACCUAACGGUGCAACUGGAUUAUUUCCCGCUUUGAUCCAAAUCGAUAUCACAAAUGUACAUUAAAUUUUAUUGUAUAUAAGUUAUUAGUGCGAAUGUAUUUGAAUCAGUUAUCAAUGUGAUAUAACGUGUAUUCAGUUAAACGUUGAUUUAAUUGUCUUUUUGUAUUUGAGAACCCGCCUAGGCGUACACAAAUUUUAUACUUUGUUUUAACUAAAGGCUAAGCCGGUUUGCAAUAUUGUUUUUUUUAAUUCCAUAUAACUAAGUACUAUAUUAAGUUAUAUGUGACCGCCAUUUUUGCAAAGCAUUUACCAAGCAAUAACAAUAUGGUUGUCAAACAACAACAAAAUGGCGGGUGAUGGUCUAGCCAUGAAUAUAAAUGUUUAUGUAUGCAGAAAGCUAUUUUUAUACUUUGAAACUGUUUUUUUUUAAUUAAAAUAUACUUUGCACACAAACAUACAUGAGGUACAGCAGCCUAGGUUUUGGUUUAAUUGUAAAAAAAAACAGAUGGCGCUACUGUUAUUUAACAUGAUGAAUUUAAAUAAUUUAGCUGUAUUAUUUGCAUAUUUUUUCCAAUAAAGUAUACAAAACAUCACUUAUUUUAGUUUCAUAAAUAAUUCUAUCUGAAACAUAUUUUAAGACAAAAAAGCCAUUAUUACAUUUCUAUGGUACUUUUUCAUACACAAAAAGAUGUCUGAAAAAACCACUAGCGCCAUCGAUUCAAAUAGGAGGCAUGAUGUAUAGCUAUGGUGA